AUGAUGGAUGAAUUUUGUCAGUUAUCCAUUGCAGGACAGGAGGAAGAAAAUAAGGUUGGAUGUGCAGAAGAUACGUUACAGGGUUUGGAUCUUUCGGCAAUUUCCAAAUUAACUCUUAAUGAUUCUAAUGGAGGGGCAGUUAAUGGUGAUAAUGAAAGCAUGAGUAUGAUGCCUAUUGGUAUGAUGACGAAAGUAAUGUCGCAUUUCCCAAAUUCUCCUUCUCCUUUACGGCAAACGAUUGCUUUGGUGGAUAAUACGAGUGAUGAGAUGGAUAUUGACCCGGAAGAGCCGGCGUCGCAAAGUUUAAAGUGUGAAGAUGAGGAUUUGUUAGAUGAUUUACAGGAGACUACAGAUUACCAAGAACAGGUGGGGUCGCAGUUGAAGCAAGAGGAAGAAGGUGGGAGUACGGGCUCCGUGAUUAAAGCAUUGUUUUCGCCAACAACAUUGGGUGUUGCAGCUGCAACACGGGAGCUUGAAGGUAUAGCGAGUCCAAGGGUUGUUAGCCCUACUGCGGGUUCUAAUGAUUUGAGUUGUAACAGAACUCUUUCUUCUCGUUCAGACCUACCGAAAGAACCCAAUGGUGCUGGAUACACUUCUGGAAGAAAUAUAGAUCUUUACGAUGAACAGUUGCAAGAGCUAAAGCGUAGAUUUUACAGUGGAUCUGUUCAGGUUCAAGUGAACAAUCAUCAUUACUACUACCCUACCCCUUCCUCUGCAACAACCCACACGUAUUACAAAGAGAAAUUAGCACAUCCCUAUCAACUUCCAGUGCCUUGGUCCCGUCGAUCGCAUCCAGUCUCUAAACACUCCUAUGCUCUCACAUCAUACUUGCAACUUGCCUUGAAUUCUAUCACCGCGUUCGUAUUCGGAUUCUUCUUACUAUCAUUUUUUAAAGCCCUCAAAUCUGACCUCCAAUCCACUUGGAGGCACACCCAACACGAACUUGACUACGAGUCCAGGCUUUGCAAACAAAACUACAACGCUAACCUCUGUGAUCCUAACACAAGAGUACCCGCUCUAGAACUGAAAUGCAUCGAGUGGGAGAAAUGCAUGAUACGAGAUAACAACAUUUUCUUUAGAGCUCGCUCAACUCUUAGCGCCAGAUUGCUUGGUGAUGUUAUAAAUUCCUUCAUUGAACCACUAGGAUGGAAAGCACUAGUAUCCAUUCUAAUCGGAGCCCUCAUAUGGUCCUUCAGCUCCAACUUCAUCCUUGGCUUCGCCCGAGCAAAAAGCUACUAUGGCUCUGCAAAGCUCGCCCCUCUCACUGAACCACCCGCGCAUUCACCAGUACCCAUCUCCUUGGCUGCACCACAUAAUUACGUCGCCUCUGACGCUGCUUCUCCAUCCACUGCAGAAAUAUCCUGA